AUGGCUCCUACUUCAACUCAACUUGCUGGAGCGGAUCUUCUCCUUGGUCUUGCAGGUACAUCAACAACAGCCCCUGCCCCGCCAUCAAAGCAGAAUGUCACUCGGAAAGAGAAACUUCAACUUGCAAAUGAGAUUCGAAAAGAAAAAGCCCGUGAUGAUGUCAAGGAAAAUGGUUUUUCAGAGAGAUUCCACGCGCAGGAUAUGGAAUUGGGAGAAAAUUCGGAAGAUCCAAGUGCAUUUGUCCAUCCCACUACAGCGGCCACACUCCCCCCAGCCCCAAAUGCAUUCUCUGUCGCAUACAACCCGUACAAAAAGACAGCUCCUCCAGUACAACCAAAGCUGAUCAAAGGAACCAAGCGAGGCAAGAACACCAAAGAGACUGAAUUGCGAAAGCAAUCGAAUGAGAAUCGCUUCUUUGAAGAACUCCGGACGCAUGGUGGGGAUGCAUUUCAGGAUCUCUUGGUAAAGGUUCCAGUCGCAUACAACGGAUACGCCACUGAUGCAGAGUCCUUGGACUAUCGGUUCUUCAAUGUUCUUGGUAACACACGCGACAAAAAGGCUCAUGCCAUACUCAACCAAGUGUGCAUAAUCGUGGCGUUGAACUUGAAGAAGAAGUCAGGUAGAAACAACACGAAAGGUCAACCAUUCCAGCCCAACUCCACGGAGCAAUUCUUCCGAGGGACCUUCAAUCGCUUGAAAAAGAAAGGAAUCAUGUUCGACUUUGACAAGGACUUCAAUGAAGCGGGUCAAUUCCACGGUGUCGUCAAGGAAUGGUGGGCCGAGUACAGGAAGAUCGACCCAAAGUUUGGCACCAAUAGUGAGAAGAAAAGGAUCAAUGAAGAUGUUUAUGGACUUGUUUGUAAAGCGGUAAGAGAUGGUGUGAUUUCCAUCAAGAAUCGACAACAUGUCUUUGAGGGAGUUCACUUCAACGGCGGUUUGUUCUUAUGUUUCCGGGGAAAACAAGAUCAUGCGAAUACUCGAAAAGACAAUCUUCGUAGUGGAGUAUAUGAGGCUUCUGAUCAACUUGAAGAUGCCAGUGAAGAGGAUGUUCCCGGAAUACCAUGGCGUGGAUUCUUUCUUCCCUUCAACAAGACAGAACAGCUUGAGUUUGGAAACACCAGUCUUCCGCUGGAACCCGAUAGAAUCAAGACCAUGCGUUCAUAUCAGAAAGAAUAUGAUCCGGUCGAGUGGCAUGAUGUGUACGUAGAGCACAUGCAUCCAGAUGCAGUAGGGUUUUACGCUUACCCAUACACCGAAAAGGAGUCCAAGAUAGAGAACGCAAGACUCCGGCAACGGGACAUUGACUGGAACAGAGAACAUCCCGAAAACCCGCGACCGGUGAAGGAGUAUGACGUUUGGUACAAACCCAGCAAUCCAGACAUCUCUCAGCAUACUGGAAAUGUUGGUCGUAAUCAGUACUCCAAGAUCAUUCAGAAGUUUUGUGACCGAAUCGGGGUCCAAAACGCGGAAAGAGUAGCUUCCGGUCAUGCACUGAGAGCCAAAGCUUGUACCAUCAUGAAGGGAUUGGGUGUUGAUCCACAUGCUGUUGCUCGACACAUGGGACACAAGAGUAUUGAUACGCAAAAACGCUGCGCUGAAACCACACUGGCCAUGAAGUCCACCGUAUUCAAUGCUCUUGGACAUGGAGGUACCCGUCGUGUAUCGAUCGAUGACAAUGACCGAAAGCCCGCUGCUCGAAAGGCAUCACAGGUAUUGGAAGUAGAUAUCACUCCGCCAUCCAAGAAACCCCGUGUGAGUACUCUAAAUACGGAAGAGAGAAAGGAGUUAGAGGAAUAUCGACGUAAACAAGAUCCGGAACGACAAGAACUCGAACGACGACGCCAUCAAAGAAUGGAAAACAAGGAGAAUCGACCUCCCCCUAAUGCUCAUCCGGCCCCGUCCCUUGCAGGUCUUCCGUACAAUCCGUAUGGGCUUCUCUAUCCGUAUGGGUAUCCACCGUAUCCACCACCCGGUGUGCCACCAUACCAUCCACCAUUUCCCCCGGGUCAGAUACCACCUCCACCACCACCACCACCACCACCACCACCACGGCAGCAUGCAUACCCGAUGGUACCACCGCCACAACAUGCAAACCCACAACAAUCCACAGCAAAUGGUGGUGUAGAACGUACCGGCAACAAUCCUCAUCAUGGUGGCAACAAUCCUCAUCAUGGUGGCUAUCAAAAUGGUUGGAAUGGAUAUAAUGGUGGUGGUUUCGCUCGGUAG